CCCAAAGGUCCAAAAGUAGAGCUCGCGCGCUACGCCUCUGACCCUGAGCUCCGUAAGCAGGUGAUGCUUAAACCCACCUACUUCCGGCAAUAAUCCCUCCUUCCGUUGAACGAGUUCUCCUGACGCAUGCGCUCUAUUCGUCUCACGGCGAAGCAGUUUGUUUUUUUCGUUAGCCGAUUCGAGCCGAACGGGCGUAUUCCCUUCCUACCCCCCCCCCGCUCCUCUCCCGGCGAUGUGGCCGCGCUUGGCGGCGGCGGCUCAAGCAGCAGCAGCAACAGCAGUAACAGUCGUGGCACCGGCUGUUGCGUGGGGUUGAACGGCUAGCAGUGGCGCGCACCAAGAUGGCGUGUGUACUGGAGACACCGCUCCGCAUGAGUGUCCUGUCGGAAGUCACAGCUAGCAGUCGCCAUUAUGUUGACAGACUAUUUGAUCCGGAUCCUCAGAAGGUUCUGCAAGGUGUCAUAGAUAUGAAAAAUGCUGUAAUUGGAAACAACAAACAAAAAGCCAACUUGAUUGUUUUGGGAGCAGUUCCAAGGUUGCUGUACUUGCUUCAGCAAGAAACCUCCAGUACAGAGCUAAAAACUGAAUGUGCAGUGGUGCUAGGAAGCCUUGCAAUGGGUACAGAAAACAAUGUUAAAUCUCUACUGGACUGCCAUAUCAUACCAGCCUUAUUACAAGGAUUACUGUCACCAGAUCUUAAAUUUAUUGAAGCUUGCCUCAGGUGUCUUCGCACCAUUUUCACCAGUCCCGUAACUCCUGAAGAACUGUUGUACACGGAUGCUACAGUUAUUCCUCACCUCAUGGCACUGCUCAGUAGGUCUCGAUAUACUCAAGAAUACAUAUGUCAGAUCUUCUCACAUUGCUGCAAACUCCGACACUGGCAUAGCUGCGGCUUUAAAUCCUCGCCUCAGCCACUUCUAUGUGCCAAUGGACCAGACCACCAGACAGUUCUGUUUAACCAUGGAGCAGUGCAGAAUAUUGCUCAUCUCUUAACUUCUACAUCUUAUAAAGUUCGAAUGCAGGCACUGAAAUGUUUCUCAGUUCUAGCCUUUGAAAACCCCCAGGUAUCAAUGACUCUUGUAAAUGUGUUGGUUGAUGGAGAAUUAUUACCGCAGAUUUUUGUGAAGAUGUUACAAAGAGACAAACCUAUUGAAAUGCAGCUCACAUCAGCCAAAUGCCUUACUUACAUGUGCAGAGCUGGAGCAAUCCGCACUGAUGAUACCUGCAUUGUGUUAAAGACGCUACCGUGUUUGGUACGGAUGUGUAGUAAGGAGAGACUACUAGAGGAGCGAGUAGAUGGAGCAGAGACUCUUGCCUAUUUGAUUGAAACAGAUGUUGAACUACAAAGAAUUGCCAGUAUUACUGAUCACCUUAUUGCAAUGCUUGCAGACUACUUCAAAUAUCCCAGUUCAGUGAGUGCCAUCACUGAUAUUAAAAGGCUUGAUCAUGACUUAAAACAUGCUCAUGAACUGCGCCAGGCUGCAUUCAAGCUCUAUGCUGCACUUGGAGCGAAUGAUGAAGAUAUACGAAAAAAGAUAAUUGAAACUGAAAAUAUGAUGGACCGAAUUGUGAAUGGCUUAUCUGAAUCUAGCAUCAAGGUGCGCUUAGCUGCAGUCAGAUGUUUGCACAGUUUGUCACGAUCUGUACAGCAGCUCCGAACAAGUUUCCAGGAUCAUGCUGUAUGGAAGCCUCUAAUGAAGGUCUUACAGAAUGCUCCUGAUGAAAUCUUAGUGGUAGCAUCUUCCACUCUAUGCAAUCUUCUUUUAGAAUUUUCUCCAAGCAAAGAGCCUAUUCUAGAAUCAGGAGCCGUAGAACUUCUUUGUAGUUUAACCCAGAGUGACAAUCUAGCAUUACGAGUGAAUGGAGUUUGGGCUUUAAUGAAUAUGGCAUUUCAAGCAGAACAAAAGAUCAAAGCAGACAUUUUGCGAGGCUUGAGUACAGAGCAGCUAUUCCAGUUACUCUCAGAUUCUGAUGUAAACGUACUGAUGAAGACUUUGGGACUGCUUAGAAACCUUUUAUCUACUCGUCCUCAUAUAGAUCAGAUAAUAAGUACUCAUGGGAAGCAAAUCAUGCAAGCAGUGACGCUCAUUUUGGAAGGAGAGCACAAUGUAGAGGUCAAAGAACAGACAUUAUGUAUACUUGCCAACAUAGCAGAUGGAACAACAGCAAAAGAACUUAUAAUGACAAAUGAUGAUAUUUUGCAAAAAAUAAAGUAUUACAUGAGUCAUUCGAAUGCUAAACUUCAGCUGGCUGCCAUGUUUUGUGUAUCUAAUCUUAUUUGGAAUGAAGAAGAAGGUUCCCAAGAACGCCAGGAUAAGCUCAGAGAUAUUGGAAUAGUAGAUAUUCUACAUAAAUUGAGCCAGUCAUCAGAUCCAAACCUUUGUGACAAGGCAAAGACAGCACUCCAGCAGUAUCUUGCAUGAUCAAAGACAAGUUGAACUUUUGUACAACUCUCAAAGUUAUAUAAUAAGGAAUAACGGGAAAUAGCCGCACCUGAUUCCUUAUCUUUUGCACAAGGCACCUUGGGCUGCAUUUCUCUCAGGUGCAGGGAGCUGCUUGGAGGGAGCAGUUUAAGCGAUCAGGUCUCCAAUGCACUUGAGGACUUUAUUGAGGUAGUUCCUUUACUCAGAAGACUAUUCUGGGAUUAUUAUUUUUCCUCAGCUACCUGAACUCUACUAGAACAAUCAGUCAUCUUCCCCCCCCCUCCCUUUGGGCCUACAGUUUUCUGCUUAUACUGCAGCCAGUGUAUGGCUGUGUCUGGGUGGGUGUGAUACCUCAGAGCUUGUUUUUCUUUUUUGUGUUUUUUCUACAGAUUUUCAAGGGUUAACCAUUCUUUGCUGUAUGAAAACUUUAAAGAAUUAUAUACGAUUUGAAUUGAAAUGUUAUUUAAAAACAGUUUGUCCCAUGAAGUUUAUUUUGAACAGAUGAAUGUUUUUAAGUAAAAUAUAUGCAUUUGUUAAACCUCAACUAAAUGUACCUGUACUUCCUCUUUUGAAACAAAAUGAGGUGAGAUCUAGAUGACUGGUAAGACAUGUAACGUAACUAAAGCUAGCUUUCUACUGCCAUCUGAUACUAGCUCCAGCUUCCUAGAUUUGGAACAGCAAAAUUCAGAGAGCCUAAGGUAGGAGCCUUCGUAAAUACACUUUUAGAUUAUACCAAGGUUGAACGUCCAGAAAUCGUACCUGUUGGGUUUACCCAGCAAGAAAAAUACAGUUCCCCGUGCCAGUGCCACUGCUGCCUCAGAAAAACUACACUUGUUAUAAAACUCUGCAUCAUUUGUAGAGAAGUUGAACUUGUGAUGGAUUGAUUGUAAUGAAAAACUGGUUGCUCUUGUUUGGAACUGCAUGUACACCUGAAAAAAGAGUCCCAUCAAAGACCUGGCUGCAAAUUGGACCCCAAAUAUUUUUUGUAGUAUUCCAGGAGUGCAUGACGGUGGGACUAAACAGUUCCUGCAGCAGAAGAGAAUAGGAUUAAGAUGAGGUUUUAAUGCUUGCCAUCUGUCUCAUGCUUUCUAGUUCACGAAGUAUGUUGCCUGUGGUCUAAGGCCACUGACGUAUGAGUCCAAGGACAAGAGUGCCAGCCAGAGGCUGAGUGUCUCAUUUCAUUCACCAGCUUUGGUCAUUGCAAACCUUUAUCUACAAUCAUUCACAUGUAUAGUCGUACUGCAUUGAUUAUUCAAAGCGAAGGUUAGAGUUUGGGCCCCUGGCUGGAAAUAUGAAAGAGCAGGAGGGAGGUUGCAAAAUGAAACCAGAAUUGUUUGUAUAUGUUUUUAAUGUACUGGUUUACUCUGAAAAGCAAGUAAUAGUGAUUCAGGGAUAGUAGUAAGUGAUGUCAUUUCUCAGUGUCAUUGCUACAAGCUUGUUGGGGUUGGACUUCAGUAGGUCUGCACAGUGUGUGCCUACUGCUAACUAGUACCUCAGAAACAAAGCCUUAUUUAAGUCAUUAAAGUGAUUGUAGCCUUAAUAAUACUGAGAAAAAUCACUUCCUUGUCAGAUUUGUCCAAAUCCACUCUCCAAAGUAAAGGGUGGGAAGAGGGGAGGUCUCCCUCAGCCUGGCUGCUGCUUUUGCACUCUGAAUUAUUACUACACAUGCACUUCCGAUGUUGUGAUGCCUACAUCACCCAUACGCAUAUCCAUUUACUUUGAAAUAUAGGUAUGCCUAAAACUGUGUUGGACAGCUGAGAUGUGCAAAUUUUCACAUUUGGAGGUUGCUUUUUAAUAGUGUGGCCCUAUCUGUACCAGAAGGAUAGAAACUAUGCUAAGACAAUCUGGGUAAUGCUUGGGGAAAGGUUGGUAAAACAUUAAGAUGGUAGAUGAUAAUGAAGUGGCAUUUUGCACUCAGUGAAGCAUUGUGAAUACUUUUUAUGUUGCUAUAAAUAUGUACAAAUAGAAAAACACUGUAAAUAAAAAAGACCUUUUACUGAAGAA